GCGCCCCAUCUCCCCUUCCCCGUGAGAGUCGUUGGGAGAGCGCGCGCCUCAGAACUCAACAGCUGCACAGUGAGGACUCGCCAAGUAGAACAAAUAUGAUUCACAUUCAAACAAUUGAAUAGGUGAGCUGUCUGUCCACCACCAGCAAGCUACGCGUUUGUUUGAAAUGAAGAAGCAGCUCACAAAAACAGCCUCGCUCACUGAAUUCAGUCGCUCGCACUGUCAGUGUCAUUAUUAAUCCGGAAAUUCUCAUUUUGGUUUCUAAUAUUCUGGACAGACUGUAAGGCAUUGUUUCCCACCUAAAGAGGACAAUGCCGACUCAUUCGUUACUGCCAUUUGUGGAGAGCCCUGACAGCCUUGCCCAAGAUAUUCUUAUUAGUAACAAUGCAAGCAUCCCAGGGCCCGGCUCCAGCAUGACACCGCACACCACCUACUCUGAAAAGGCUCUGUUGCAAUCAGGAGGAAGUGUACCAGUAUCUUGUAUGUUCUGUGACCUAACCUUUACCCAUCCGGAUGAGCUUGGACCCCACGUUCUUACACAACACCCCACCACUUUCUUUGAACCGGCCGUGCUUAGAGUUGAAGCCGAGUUCAGGAUCCCAGGAGAGAGAUCCCGGCCCAAAGCGAGCAGCCUCCCCGUUGAAAAAGAGGAGGUUCACAGCUGUAUCGUGUGCGGUCAGGUUUCACAAGAUGCCAGCGAGCUGGAGACGCACAUGAGGAAGCACAAGGACUACUUUACUUAUUGCUGUAACGUGUGUGGACGGCGGUUUAGAGAGCCGUGGUUCCUCAAAAACCACAUGAAGAUGCAUGUAAAACCAGGAGUAAAGAGCAAGGCUCAGCAGGAGCUGGAUGGCCCCUUCAUGGUCAAUGGGGUCGUCCAGGAGCAAGCAUCUGAACCUGUAGUCACUGUUUACAAAAUGUGCAUGGUUUGUGGGUUUUUCUUCCCUGACCAUGACAGUUUAGUUGAACACAGCAAAGUUCACAAUCGAGAAGUGGAGCAGGGCAAAGAUAGAGACAAGGAAAGCACAGAUGACACUACUCAGAAACAGGAAACAUUUCUUCACAGUCUAGGACUAAGGCCUCACUCUGCAGAAAAUAGUUUACUGAAUGAGAGGUCAUCAAAAUGGAUCCCCCAGCUGGAUCCUUUCAACACAUAUCAGGCCUGGCAACUUGCAACAAAAGGCAAGAUAGCAGUGGGCCCCAAUACGACUAAAGAUCUCAGCCAGGAAGCCAGCACAGACAACGAAGAAUGCGGCUCAGAUAAGGAGGAGCUGAAUAAUAUUUGGACUGAGGGACAAGGUGACAAAGCUACAAAAGAGGUACUUGGAGGGAGAGAGCUGCGGUCUCAGACUGCAGCAGAAAACCCUCAACCUCAGAGGAGGUCUCUGAUGCAAAAAAACAAGCAGAGGCCAACAACUUGUGAGGAAUGUCAGAGAACCUUCAGGACCUACCACCAGUUAGUCCUCCACUCCAGGAUCCAUAAACGGGAGAGAGGUGGAGAGGAGAGUCCCACAUCUUCCUUGGAAGGGAAGCUGUCGAGAGUGAACUCGCUGGAAAACACAGAGGAAGGUUCUGAGGAGGGAUUUGAAGAGGCGCUGACGGAAAACCUGGGUCCAGGUGAAGAUGGCUUUGAUCGAUCAAAAGUCAGAUCAAAAGCCUGCACAUACUGUGGCAAAUCCUUCCGAUCAAGCUAUUACCUCACAGUUCACCUGAGGACACACACAGGUGAAAAACCAUUCAAGUGCGCUUAUUGUGACUACGCUGCAGCCCAGAAAACCUCACUGAAAUAUCACCUGGACCGGCGUCACAAGGACAAACCUUAUGUGGAGAUCCCCAGUAGACCCGUUCCCUCAGCCCCCUCUCCAAAUGAUGGCAAACAUGGAUAUGACGAUGAAAACCCAGCUCCAAAUAGAUCCAAACUCUGGGUCCCUACUGCCAGGCCGAGUGCUAGUGAAAUGCCAGAGGACAGAUUUGACAGAAAGCCGAGCAAACCACCCAUCCAGAUGAAUGCUGAGUAUGAGAAAUUAAUCGCUAAGUCUGCUUACUCACCAAUUGAUGAUGUCGUCGUAAAGUGCCCCACACCUGUUAAUCUGAAGAUGGAAAAGGAGAUAAAAGAGGAGAACUCAGAGGCCCCAUUAAAUCUGUCCUUAAAAGUGUCUCUCUCCAUCUCUGCCAGUGCAGAACCCAGAAAUGCAUUAAUUCCAAUUGCCUGUUCGCUUUGUGCGUAUAAAACCAUGUACCCUGAGGUUCUGAUAAUGCACAAAAAGCUGAUGCAUAAAGACAAAUCAGACUGUGUUAGAAAGAAUGGAUUGGCAGGUAGUUUGAAACAAAGGCGUUUCACAGGUUGUCCCCCAGCUCUCGAAGGGAAAGACGUCGCCCCACUUCCAAUGAUUGACAGACGCCACCCUCGUCGAACAAAAUCACCGCCACCACAACCUGCAAAACCACAAGAAAAGACGCCAGUUAAUCCACCUAAUAUUCCAAAGCGGUCUCCACUUCACGCACCCGUACAGGAUGCCAUCCAGGAGACCCAGCGUCACAGACUCGAUUCAAAGGAGACACCCAGGUUUACAGAGCUUAUGAGGAAAUCAAACACCAGUACCAAACACGUCCUGGACCGACCCCCAGACAGAGUGGGAAUUGGCGAGAGGAGCUACCCAGCAAGGAGCGGCGUCAUUUGGCCCUCAGACACCACCAGACUGUGUCUGUCCAGCCGGUUCGGGAGCCUAUCGCAGAGGGAUUUUGGCGAACCAUCAGGCAAGAGGUUAAAGUUCGUAGUGCCUACAGGACGGGAGGCAGAGAGCAGUGAGAAGCCUGGAUUUAGAGGGCCAGCAGGGGAUGGGACCACCAGGCUGCUCAUCUCAGGAAGAAACGUGAAAACAACAUCACAGGGGCUGAGUACACCCACAGUUUCGGACACUUUGGCUCCUUUGAAAACAUCAGCAGCUAUUGGAGGAGGGCUGGACUCUGAUUGGAGCAUGAUGAACCUCCUGCGAUCCUACCCACCUAAUGACCUGGCUUCUCUCUAUCACAGCACCCCUCCAAAUCCAAAUCAUGGCGGCCUGGCCAACCCAAGAGCAGGGGGCAGAACUGUGCUGUACCAGCACCUACCCACUCUGCCCAACCUGCAGAGGAGAGACCAUUCAGGCCCCUUCCCUAACCAACGCUAUGGGACCGCUGACAAAAGCAACUGAAGUGGCACCAAGAUUUGAAUUGUGCUGCUACCUUAUUUUGGAGAACUUCUUGGACAAAACGUUUAAUACGCACAUUUAAGAGAGAUGGCUUGGGCUGGAAAAAGGUGCUGGCUCCCCUAAUUUAAUAUUUUUUUCAGGCAAGAAAAAUUGUGCUGUGUAAACAUUUCAAUGCUGAGGCCUUUAGUUUAAUAUUUUCUUUUUUUGUAUAAAAGGUGCAGAUAUUAUUCCACUGCUGUGCACUGUAAUCCUUACUCCCUUUAGUCCAUAUUUGACCCACAUGUAAGCUCAAAUAUCUAUAAUUGUUGAUGACAAAAUAGCAAAGUUUCUAUGUGGGAUUACGUAAAUAUAUGUCUAAACAUUCAGUUCCUUAAAUUCUAUUGAGUAAAAAUGUAUGAAUAUAAUUUGUGUAAAUAAAAAAGCUGCUCGAUUAACCUACCUGCAGCAGUUUUGAACUGUUCUGUUAUUUUCCUUUUCCAUGGCACUGAGGGAUCUGCGAUGGGUUUAUUUCUAAGUAACUUGAUGGCUUCGGCCACAGAAGAAGCGCCGUGUACAGUGAAGCGGUCUACCUCAUGUUGCGCUCUCAACACUGUUAUUUUUGUAAAGCUGCUGUAACAAUUGUGUCGACCCGGAGACACAUGUUCUGAGUUGGAGCGUGACUAGAUGGACAUGUGUUCAUCAGACACCACAUAAAACAUCUGGUGACAGAUCCACUGCUGUUUAGGCCACGCAUCGACCUGCAGCUCACGAUUAACUGUAACACAAUUCUGUUUGUGGUUUUCCUCAACAUCCUCUGUAUUUACAAGCGCAGUUUUAAACACACAACACAUUUUGUGGUGAUUAUUUGUCCUUUUGAAACAGCAAAUUGUUAUCGUCUGCUUUACAGUGCCUCAGAUCCAUAAGCUGUACAAGGUUCUGUUUGUAGGAAACGCUCACGGAUGUGUGAUUCAGGCUGCAUAUUCAGGAGUUUACUAUUGUUGAGCCUUUAAAGUGUUUUGUUUCAUCAAUUGCUCAUGUUUUACUGUGUAGUAAAAAAAAACAGCUGUGUUUGUGAAUGGCUUGAUUAAUUCUACACUGUGAACAGAGUCUCAGGUGAACUCUUAUUUACAAGCUAUUUAGUCUUAUUUGUCAUUUUGAAUUUUUGCCACUUUGAACGCCUUUGGUUAAGUUAUUUCUUUUUCUGUUUGGUAUUCACAUUACUUGUGUACUUGUGUAAAAAUGAACAUAUUGUUUGAGAUUUGUAUGACACUUCAAUAAUAAAGUGAGAGGCGAACAA